UCGACCUCCAAUAACCAUGCAACAUCCCGACUCACGCGCGAUCUUUGGGAUACUCGACGGGAAAUGACUGCCUUACAAGCACGCGAAACCGAGCUUGUAGCUUCAUUGCGCCGUUUAGAUGCUCCUCGCCACAUCCUCGAAUCUCGACCAGCGCAAAAAUUCUCAGGUGACUAUUCUGAGCUGCGUCCGGCCUUCAACGAAAUACGGCGAGAAAGAUAUAAGCGCCUUCAAGCUGAGCGAGGUCUCGAUGAGAUUGAGACGGAGAGAAGGGGUCCGUUUGUCGUUCCAGCUCUGUUUCGAGCGUUCUUAAUGAUUUCUGAGAUG